CCAAUAUGGCGCCGCCCAUGGAAAUCGGAAAUUCUACAUUUUUGAGAAAAAAAGGGACAAAAUUGACUAUAUUGGCGAACAUAAUUCAGAUAUUCCUAAUUCUAGCAACGUCUCUAUUGUCACUACAAUCGUCUACAUCAUCCGUUGUUCCAAGCUUUACUGAAAAAUCGCACAGUGCUACGAAAACUUUCAUUGCGUUCACGGCCCUAUUUAAUGCACUGCACGCUACAGUGUAUUUCUACUAUGAGAAAAGUGAUGUGGAUUCUCAACGUCCUGGACCGAGAAAUCGGGGUCUCGUACAGUUUGUAACAACUAAGCUGAAGCAUAUUGUGAGAGCUGCUGUGUUGCUCUUCAUCAGUACCUUGAUCUUCCAUUGCAUUGCCAUUCUUUUUGGAGCACCUCUUAUUGUAGGUGUGAGCGAGACAUAUCACUUUUCCUUGAUGCUUACAGCUACAACUGUCUUUCCCGCUUGUCUAACUCUGGGAACGAAUGCAGAGGAGUGGUUAAAAGUCUUCAUUCAUAAAAAGCCUGGUAACAUUCUGGAGAAGCAGCUGCUCAUAACAUUCUGGUGCAGCAUCAUCGGUGCAUGGCUUGGUGCAUUUCCUAUCCCACUUGACUGGGACAGACCAUGGCAGGAGUGGCCAAUUAGUUGUGUUCUCGGCACGUUGUUUGGAUAUGUGACAGGACUUCUUGGUUCUUCCUUCUACCUUGCUUGGCUACAGCGGAGGCAGAAGACAAAAUCAUUCUGAGGAGUCUGUCUGCUGGUGGUAGGUAAUUGAAAAACUGCUGAUGUUUUCAGUUCUUCGGGACAUCAGUACAUUGACAUAAAUACCGAAUAGCUUCAGUCAGUUCUGAGGGUCACCCCUUUGUCAAUGUUGUCCAUGUACAGUGGAACAUUUGUAAGCCGGACACCUUCUUUAUCAAGGACACAGAAUUUUGUCCCAAGUUGGAUAUUUUGGUUCAAUUUGAUAUCCAUGAUAAGGACACCUCCCUACGAGGGACAGCAUUUGUAUGUUCAAAGAGUGUCAUUUUAGAGGAGGUUCUGCCAUAGUUGAAAUUGAACAAUAUUGGACUAUACUUUUGUGUUCUUGAAGAGAGGUGGCUUCAAAUAAGUAGUGUUCAUUGAUAAGGUGCAAUAGAAGAGCUAGUCGCAGAAGCUGGCAUGUUGAAAUAUCAGUACCCUUCCAGUUUUAUCAGCAGAGUACCAAUGUCACUUGAAAUUUCUCAGACCUUUGUUCAUAAUCAAUGUAGAACAUGGAUAGAUUGGUAGAUUUAGUUAUUUUUUGUAACAGAAAUGUGCUGUUUGUCGACAUUCUUUAUGUAAUUUGAAGAAUGAAUAAAGUGAUUUCAAAAGU